AUGGUUAGCCUAAGACUCAUAUUAUUCGUAUUCUUAACCAUCAUUAAUUUUCCCUUCGAUAACAGUGAAAUUGUCUUUUCAAAACCACAAGGAGUCCGAGCAGCAUAUUGGCCUUCGUUCACCGGAUAUCCCGCUUCUUCUAUCGACACAUCCUACUUCUCUCAUAUUUACUACGCAUUCGUUCUACCAUCUCCAACAACUUACGCGCUCAACAUCAUGUCAGAUGAUGUCGAGAAGCUACUAGAAUUUACCAAUGCAACAAGUCUUUGGAACCCGCCAGCUAAGACUGUGUUGUCGAUUGGAGGUGGGGGAGGUGGUGCAUUACCCGGCAUCUUCUCUUCGAUGGCGAGCGAGCAGUAUUCUCGGGCGAACUUUAUUAAUUCAACUAUCGAAGUUGCCCGUGAUUACAAUUUUGACGGAGUUGAUCUUGAUUGGGAACUCCCGUCAAACGAAUCUGAUAUGUCAAACCUCGGUUUGUUAUUUAAGGAAUGGCGCGAGGCAAUUGAAUAUGAGGCUCAUGCCACUGGAAGACCACGUCUUAUACUAACGUCAGCAGUCUAUUAUGCCUCAACUGUCUCCUUCGACGGUGGACCCCGAUCGUACCCGACUGUGGAAAUAACUAAAUAUGUUGAUUGGGUUAGUCCGAUGUGUUUUGGUUAUCAUGGAUCUUGGGAAAAUUUUACAGGGUUAGGUUCUGCAUUAUACGACCCGAACACCAAUCUCAGCACAGAUUUUGGCAUCGGGUCGUGGAUUCAGGCCGGUGUGCCAUCAGAAAAGAUUGUGUUGGGCAUGCCAUUGUAUGGCCCAACAUGGUCACUCCAGGACCGAAAUGAUAACAUCAUUGGAGCCCCGACCAUCGGGACGGGGCCAGGAAGUGGUCUAUUGGUUUACUCUCAAGUUAUCGAUUUCAAUAAGGAGAACAAUUCAACUAUUGUAUUUGAUAAUACGAUGGUUUCAUAUUAUUCGUAUUCGGGGGAUUCAUGGGUUUCGUAUGAUGAUGUUCGAUCGAUUGAAAUGAAGGUCCGUUAUGCACGAAAUCGGGCCCUAGGUGGGUACUUCUUUUGGGCCUUGGGCCAAGAUUUGGAUUGGGCAAUUUCUAGUGCAGCAUCAGAAACAUGGUUAAACUGA